CAGAGCUUACAGUCUGUUCUGAGAAUUAAAUGCAAAAUAUUUUUCAUUAUUCUAAACUUACCAAUCUCUUGCUCUUUCCCGUCUCCCUAAAUUCACCCCUUAAUUACUAUCUAAAAACCUGCUGCCCCUUUCUUAUCUCUGUCUCAGAUUUCUUUCGUUUUAGUUUCCGGGUUUUUUUUUUCAAUAUCCACGAAACAGGGUUUCUUAUACCGCAAAAAAGGAAGAUAAACUUGUGGGGGGGAAAUGACAGUAGAGCGAAUUGUUAGUGAAACGAAGGAUCAGUUUCCCAUUGGCAUGCGAGUUUUGGCCGUUGACGAUGACCCGACUUGCCUUUUACUGCUCGAGACUCUGCUUCGUCGAUGCCAGUACCAUGUUACCACAACCAGUCAGGCUGUUACGGCAUUGAAGAUGUUGAGGGAAAACAAGAACAGGUUUGACUUGGUUAUCAGCGAUGUUCAUAUGCCCGACAUGGAUGGUUUCAAGUUACUCGAGCUUGUGGGGCUUGAGAUGGACCUGCCUGUCAUAAUGUUGUCUGCAAACGGUGAUACCAAGCUUGUGAUGAAGGGGAUUACUCAUGGAGCUUGUGAUUAUUUGCUGAAACCUGUUCGAAUUGAGGAGCUAAAAAAUAUAUGGCAACAUGUAGUCAGGAGAAAGAAAUUCGAUAGGAAAGACCGGAAUAAUUCUGACAGCCUAGACAAGCCUCAUGUCGAUAGUGGUGAGGCUGCAGGGAUGGGAAAUGCUGAUAACAAUGUGAAGUUAAACAAAAAGCGGAAGGACCAGAAUGAAGAUGAGGAUGAGGACCGUGAUGAGAAUGGGCAUGAUAAUGACGAUCCCUCAACCCAAAAGAAACCUCGCGUUGUUUGGUCAGUGGAGUUGCAUCGCAAAUUCGUUGCAGCGGUUAAUCAGUUGGGCAUUGAAAAGGCUGUACCUAAAAGGAUCCUCGAACUGAUGAAUGUUGAAAAGCUUACCAGAGAGAAUGUUGCCAGCCAUCUGCAGAAAUUUAGGCUUUACCUGAAAAGAAUCAGCUGUGUGGCAAACCAGCAAGCAAAUGUGGCAGCAUCUUUAGGCACCGCAGAUUCUUCCUAUUUGCGGAUGGGGCCUCUGAAUGGACUUGGGAAUUUCCAUGCCUUGGCUGGAACCGAUCAGCUUCACAAUGCAGCCUUUAGAUCUUUCCCACCUAGUGGGGUGCUUGGAAGAUUGAACACACCUUCUGGGCUAGGUAUACGUGGCCUUCCGUCUCCAGGAACUAUUCAAUUAGGUCAUGUCCAAAACUCGGGUCAUUCCAUUAAUGAUCCGAGCAAGUUGCAAUCUUUUGUUCCUGGAAACCAUAAUGCUAACAUCCUACAAGGUAUGCCAAUGUCGCUAGAACUUGAUCAACUACAAAAUAACAAGGGUGUUAGCCACAUUGGAGAGCUGCCGACUGCCAAUAGUACGAGUGUUUUCCCUGUUUCUGGCAGUUUAAUGGAUGCACAAAUAACUGGAUUCUCCAAUAAUCCGCUUCUUGGUGUUACAAGCAACUCCUUGAUGUUAGAAGGAAGCUCUCGGCAAUCUGCUUUGCAUGCUAGUAAUUUGAGAGAUGGUGUUUAUGCAAUAGGCUUCCAAAAUGGGAAUACUUUAUCUGAAUUUGCUUCCAUAGAUCCUGUUUCCAAUCAAUUGCGGGAUUCAAAAGCAGAUUUACAAGGACAAGCAGCCUCAAUCAACUGUAAUGCAGGGAAAAUAAUGAGAAGCGUUGCUCAAGAAUGGAAUGCCCCCAGAAAAGAUGCCCCCUACCAGUCACAUCUUAUGUCUUGUUCAGUAAACUCUUCAACCUCUUCUAACGGUGCUAUGGUUCAGUUGGACCAGUGCUUGGACCGAAAUAAUUCAAUUUUCCACAGAACAAUGGAUUCGGAUUCUAUUGGACCAUUGAAUUUUGUUGAUCCCUUGUCCAUCAAGCAUGUUGAAGCUCACAACUCAGCCAUGGAGCCAUCAGUUAUUGAAAAGGAAAGGUAUCUUAUGUACCAAUCAAGGCCACAGGGAAAUCACAUUCCUGAUAGCGUUGGCUCAUUGGAAGAUCUGGCAAGUGCAAUGAUGAAACAGGACCAAGGUAAAGGGAACCGACGGACACAAUAGUUAUUCUCACAGGACUUGCAUCUGAAGAUUAGAGUGUAGCCCUACUAACAGCAAAAGAAGGGAACUGUUUUACAAGAAUUGGCUCCUCUAGGUAGUUUUGCCCUCAAUGUAAACUGAUAACGGAUCUAUCUGUUAAUCUUAUUUCUGCAUUAUUAAACCCUUUUUUCUCUGUUGUUAAUUCCAGGCAACUUAUUGUAUAAUGAAUAAAAUAUCUAUUGUCAAUGGACCCAA